UUGCUAGCUCUUUGCUGCAGCAGUGAAGCCUUUUCAGCGAUUGCAGCGGGCACAAAUUCUGCAUGUUUUUAUCCCUCUUCACUGCAUUCUAUUGUCUCUAAAAACACGAGGCGUAAAGGAAGACCAUGAACGAAAUGUAAAAAGCUGCUCUGAUGUACCUCCUAUAGCACUGGAUCUGCUAGGGAAAUCUGUUUAUCUGCGUCAUUCUUGCUUGGUUAAAUAGAACAACCGCACAGCUACGAAAGCACUUUGAUUAUCACUAUAUAGACUGUCUAUUGGAUUUAAUGCCAAAACUACAUUUGUGAUCCAGGAAACCCAUAACUGGGACAAUACAGGAUACAGCACAAAUCAGAUCCUUCUCGUUCAGGGCAAUGCGGCUAUCUCCUUAACUCUCAGGAGAGGUGACUGAGGUUAAGAGCGAUGACUUCUAUCAAGAAUACUAUCCAAGUAACUACUAACAUCUUGUGUUGCCUUCAGAAACCUUUUCCAUGUAUGCCUUCCUUUCAUUCCUUACUAGUUGUUGUAACCGGUGCCACAGAUGGAAUUGGAAAAGCUUACGCUGAAGAGUUGGCAAGACGGGGGAUGAGCAUUGUCCUUAUCAGUAGAUCACCAGAAAAACUUGAAGAUGUUGCCAAACAGAUAAGGGAGAAAUUUAACGUGGAGACGAAGAUCAUUGCAGCAGAUUUUGGAAAACCUGAUCUAAUCUAUGACAAGAUCCAGUCUGGACUGACAGGGUUAGAAAUUGGCGUUUUGGUAAACAACGUCGGCAUUGCUUAUGAAUUCCCUGAAUAUUUCCUCGAUAUCCCAGACUUGGAUAAUACAAUCAAUAAAUUAAUCGACAUCAACAUUGUCUCUGUGUGCAAGAUGACGCGGCUGGUUCUGCCUGGGAUGUUGGAGAGAUCCAAGGGAAUUAUACUUAACAUCUCCUCUGCCAGUGGCAUGUAUCCUGUCCCCUUAUUGACUGUUUAUUCUGCUACCAAGGCUUUUGUGGAUUUCUUUUCCCGAGGUCUUCACGCCGAGUACAAAAAUAAGGGGAUCAUAGUGCAGAGUGUUCUCCCAUUCUUCGUGGCCACAAAACUGAGCAAAAUCCGCAGACCAACCUGGGAUAAGCCAACUCCUGAAGCCUAUGUGAAAUCCGCAAUUAAUACUGUGGGCUUGCAGACCCAGACCAAUGGCUACAUGGCCCAUGCCUUGCUGGGCUGGGUUACCACAUCUCUGUUUCCUAUCUCCACCUCCAUCAACUUGGCUCUGAAGAUGAAUAAAGGUGUCCGGGCUCGUUUUCUUAAGAAGUCCAAGAAAACCUAGAGCAAAGAGAAUAUGUUUAAUACCUUCUAUCGCGGUCCGGAUUUCUCUUGCACUAUGUCUGUAAUCUACAGAACUCUACAUCAUUUUGGACCUAAACUUUGCAUAGAGCACCUGCCUUCUCAACUUGUGUUCUGUAAAAUUCAAGAGUUCUCUUUAUACCAGUUCUAAUUGCCCAUAUUUAGUUUUCCCUAACUAUAUAUAGAUUUUUUUUUUCUUUCCUAAAUUACAACAAAUCUGGUAGGAAUUUGUACUGUUUGUUGUAAUUUUAUGACAUCAGUACUGUGUUGAAUAUGCAAAUCUGGCUUAAUGAACACACCUAAUAAUCUGAAAAAUGUAACACUAGCACUAUACUUUUGUUGGCCUAUUUUUGAGAUGGAGGUACUCAUCCUCUGUGUGAGCAGUUAAAAAUCCCAUUUCUUACACCAAAAUAUUUAGCUUUGACUGUUAAAUAUUUAUCUCUUUGUCACUGAGAUUUGUUCUAUGCUAAACUGCUAAUAUAAACCAAAACAAACUCAAAAAGUUGUAGUUCUGUUCACAGCUUAGCGAUUCCUUAUAAUUCUGCUUCGAACAUAUUUUGUAUGCAUUUUUUUCACAUGGGCAAUACUUGUUGGUUACUGUUGCUUUUUAGAUAUACCUGCUGUGAAAAUGCAUAAUUAAAUACAUGUCUUCGUUGGGGGUAUAUCUACAAAACAGUUAUAUUUUUUUCAUUUUAUAUAUUUUGCAAAAAUACAGCCUAUAAAUGAGACCAAAAACUCAAAUGCAUUAAAGUUGGCUGUGCUCACUGUUUUCCAUUAAAUUGGCUAAAAUGCUGUGCACUGUGAAGUUUAGCCAUCACCGUGGUGGAAUGUAGACAUUUUGCACCUUGUUUUAAAACCGCCGAGUUGUCCGCUGGUGCAUAUUAAAAUAUAGGCACUUUUUGUCAUUUAUCUCCUAAUGCAGUAUUCUAUUAUCAAAUACUUUAUUGAACGCUUAUUUCAAAGUAACUUUGGAAUAGUAAAGAAAGAAAGCAUUACAUGGGGGUGGUUUAGUUGCUUCUUUUAUUGGUUGCACAAAAAAGAAAUAAUGUGCUGAAAUCUUGUAGGGUUUUGCUUCUAAUGCACCCAGACACAUACAACAUGAUUGACAAUUAUUGUAGGAGGACCUCAUCUGUUGGCUGCACUUGCUGACAUUUUUUACAAUCUGGAUUUUCUAAAUGACCACCCAUCUAAAAUCAACCCCUUGCCAUUUUAAAGGACAGUCUUCAAAGUAAAAAUGUAACUUCCUUAUCAUAAAAAUGGGCGUCUGGCUGGCUGUAGUAACUAUCCCACUAACGUUAUUCAGCGAGUUUAAGAAGAAAUGACUCCUUCUGCUGCAAAGAGGAACUUCCCUUCCAUCUAUAAGAGUCCUGUCUGUUUUUGGAUGGGGGCCCAUCUUCUCUAUAGAAUAAAUCGACAUCUAAUAGACUGUUUUUGAAAUGUAACUUAUAUUGUGAAAUGCACUGAAAUAAAAUAUUGGAUACUUGUAAUGAGGAAAUUCUUAAUUGUACGUGGCGGAAUUUCUUCCUGGAAACGGAUGCAGGGAUCGUUUUGGAUUGUGUGGAAGGCAUUCAAUUGAGCUUUAUUAAUUCUUUGCUAACUUGUAUGAACAAAUUGCAAAAAAAAUCCUAUUUCAACAGUUUGGAACAUGCUUGUUUAUUAUCAGAAUAGGUCACGUGUUAUAUGGUUAAUUGUUUUUAUACUAAUAAAAUAUCUAAUAGUGCAAA